AUGGAAGAGUUGCAGGAAAGAAUAAAGUUGCUAGAAAAGGAAGAUAAGAGAAUAAGGGGAGGUAAGGGGGGCGAGGAGAUAGAGGAGAGGGUGAGAAUCUUGGAGGGGGAGAAGGAAAGAAAAGAAAUAUAUGAAAAAAGAAAUAACAUAAUGGUUAGGGAGGAGGGAGAAGAUGCAAGGAAAGGGGUGGAAGAGGUUCUAAAAAAAAUAAGGGCAAAUGUGAGGCUGGAGGGCAGGUAUGAGGAGAAAUUAGCAAGUGGCAGAGGAAGUGAGGUGGCAAGAGAAUGCUGGGAGGAAAUGAGGGAGAAAGCUGUCAGACUGGGAGGAAGAGAGAGGGAAUUCUUCAGGGAAAGAGGGAAGGAAAUAAAGAGAAUGGAGGAAGAAAGGGAGGAAGGGGACAUGGACUUCAACGCUUUGAUGGAAAGAGACAGGAGUAUGCAAAAGGAGGAGAGAUGGCGGAGGAUUGGGGAAUCGAAAUAUAAUAAGUGGGGAGAGUAA